AUGGAAAAUAUGCGCGAUUAUCUUACCGCUUUAACUAUUACGAUUGUUGUAUGCAUCAGUUUGGCGAUAGCAAUACCAAUAUUAUGUUUCUGUAUCUGUAUGCUUCGAUUUUGUUAUAUUGUCCGCAAGCAAAAUAAGCCUGAAAAGGUGAAGUGUUCAAAAGAGACACCUCGAGUUAUUUCGCCCGCGCCCACCUGUCUACCAAAUUCAGUGAAUAAAGCAAAAUCAAAAAGUGGCACAUCACAGCACUUUGUGACUGAUCGGAUACAUACCGAUCUGUCCAGAAGUGGACGACAGAUUGCAAAAGUACAGCUAGAUCAAUCAGGAAAUGGACGAGUAACGAAGACUAAAAAUGACCGUUUGACGUCUAAGCAGGACAAUCGCUUGUAA